UACAAAUACAAUUUAUUUAAUUUUUGUAAAUAAAUACUUGGUAUUAUUUUACUUAUGUAAAAAAUUGGUAAUUUUCUAGAUAUUAUAAUAUUUAUAUAUAGAAAGAAGAUAAUUAUUUAAGAACUGAUAAUAUUCUCAAAAUUGGAGUUUAGUUUGUAGAAUGACGAAAGUAGUAAGUAACCAAUAUGGCUACAAUAGCGAACAUGGUGGAUCAUAAUACAGCGCAUAGUUUCGAAAAUUCAAAAAAACCCAAAUAUAUUUUACUUUUUAGUGGGAAACGAAAGUGCGGAAAAGAUUUCAUUACAGAUAUCUUACAUACAAGAUUAGGUGAUCAUGAAAGUGUAAUUAUAAAACUAUCAGGACCAAUAAAAACUUACUGGUCAAAAAAUGCAGAUCUUGAUUUAAAUAAAUUAUUAGAUGCUAGCGAAUAUAAGGAACAGUAUCGUCAUGAAAUGGUCAAAUGGAGUGAAUCUAUAAGAAAAAAAGAUAAUGGAUAUUUUUGUCGUGCUGCUAUUGAUAUGUAUAAUGCACGUGAUAAACCAAUCUGGAUAGUAAGCGAUACACGUAGAAAAACUGAUAUUCAAUGGUUUAAAGAAAAUUAUACAGAUCUUUGCAAAACAAUCCGUAUAAUUACUAAACCAGAAAUAAGAGAACAACGUGGAUGGCAAUUUGUAGCAAAUAUUGAUGAUGCAGAAACAGAAUGCGAUCUGGAUAAUUUUGAUGGCUGGGAUUUACAAGUUGAGAAUAAUGAUAAUGAUAUAGAAACUGUUUUACAAGAAAUAUUAAAAUUAAUCAGUUAAUAGACUACAUAAAAGAUAUGUAAAAUGUGAUAUAUUUACUUAACCUUGAUAAAUUUUUAUUAUACAGAU